AUGUGCGGUGCAUGGCAAGGAGAGCAGCGCGUGGAGGUGGGGGCAGAGGCACCUGCUCGAGGCCUGCAUCUACUCCUGAGUGGCACUAAAGCACGCUCACCUGGUGGCCCUGCAGCACGCUCACCUGUGUGGCCUGCAGCACGCUCACCUGGUGGCCCUGCAGCACGCUCACCUGGUGGCCCUGCAGCACGCUCACCUGGUGGCCCUGCAGCACGCUCACACAUGGAAGGAGCACUUGAAAGAGGACGGGGGAGAGCGUGCGCAAAUCGGGCUAGCAGCAGCAGCAGCAGCAGCAGCAGCAGCAGCAGCAGCAGCAGCAGCAGCAGCAGCAGCGCAGCAGCAGCAGCAGCAGCAGCAGCAGCAGCAGCAGCAGCAGCAGCAGCAGCAGCAGCAGCAGCCAGCAGCAGCAGCAGCAGCGCAGCAGCAGCAGCAGCAGCAGCAGCAGAAGCAGCAGCAGCAGCAGCAGCAGCAGCAGCAGCAGCAGCAACAGCAGCAGCAGCAGCAGAAGCAGCAGCAGCAGCAGCAGCAGCAGCAGCAGCAGCAAGCAGCAGCAGCAGCAGCAGCAGCAGCAGCAGCAGCAGGCAGCAGCAGCAGCAGAGCAGCAGCAGCAGCAGCAGCAGCAGCAGCAGCAGCAGCAGCAGCAGCAGCAGCAAGCAGCAGCAGCAGCAGCAGCAGCAGCAGCAAAGGCAGCAGCAGCAGCAGCAGCAGCAGCAGCAGCAGCAGCAGCAGCAGCAGCAGCAGCAGCAGCAGCAGCAGCAGCAGCAGCAGCAGCAGCAGCAGCCAGCAGCAGCAGCAGCAGCAGCAGCAGCAGCAGCAGCAGCAGCAGCAGCAGCAGCAGCAGCAGCAGCAGCAGCAGCAGCAGCAGCAGCACCAGCAGCAGCAGCAGCACCAGCAGAAGCAGCAGCAGCAGCAGCAGCAGCAGCAAGCAGCAGCAGCAGCCAGCAGCAGCAGCAGCAGCAGCAGCAGGCAGCAGCAGCAGCAGCAGCAGCAGCAGCAGCAGCAGCAGCAGCACAGCAGCAGCAGCAGCAGCAGCAGCAGCAGCAGCAGCAGCAGCAGCAGCAGCAGCAGCAGCAGCAGCAGCAGCAGCAGCAGCACAGCAGCAGCAGCAGCAGCAGCAGCAGCAGCCGCAGCAGCAGCAGCAGCAGCCAGCAGCGCAGCAGCAGCCGCAGCAGCAGCAGCACAGCAGCAGCAGCAGCAGCAGCAGAGCAGCAGCAGCAGCAGCAGCAGCCAGCAGCAGCAGCAGCAGCAGCAGCAGCAGCAGCAGCAGCAGCAGCAGCAGCAGCAGCAGCAGCAGCAGCAGCAGCAGCAGCAGAAGCAGCAGCAAGCAGCAGCAGCAGCAGCAGCAGCAAGCAGCAGCAGCAGCAGCAGCAGCAGCAGCAGCAGCAGCAGCCGCAGCAGCAGCAGCAGCAGCAGCAGCAGCAGCAGCAGCAGCAGCAGCAGCAGGCAGCAGCAGCAGCAGCAGCAGCAGCAGCAGCAGCAGCAGCAGCAGCAGCAGCAGCAGCAGCAAGCAGCAGCAGCAGCAGCAGCAGCAGCAGCAGCAGCAGCAGCAGCAGCAAGCAAGCAGCAGCAGCAGCGCAGCAGCAGCAGCAGCAGCAGCAGCAGCAGCAGCAGCAGCAGCAGCAGCAGCAGCAGCAGCAGCAGCAGCAGCAGCAGCAGCAGCAGCAGCAGCAGCAGCAGCAGCAGCAACAGAAGCCAGCAGCCAGCAGCAGCAGCAGCAGCAGCAGCAGCAGCAGCAGCAGCAGCAGCAGAAGCAGCAGCAGCAGCAGCAGGGGUGGCAGGGGCAGCAGGGGCGGUGGCACGCACGUCGUUGCGGAAAGUCUUGACGAAGCAGUCGAGCGUGCCCUUGUACUGCCCGCUGCUGUCGCCCAUCACCCGCGACUUCACCUGCCCGCCCACGCCAGUGGGGAGGUGGUGGGGAGGCAGGGGGGGAGCGAAGGGCAAAGGGAUUAG